AAGCGAUGGCACAAGACAUGAAAAGACAUGAGCAUCCUUCAGUUUGCUAGGCAGAUCGCACAACUUUAAAGAUUUCGAAAGCGUUGAGCCCCUUGAGCCAUUGCGCGCUUGCGUUUGGCCAUGCUGGUUGGCCUGAAGCUUGGGGAACUCCAAAGCACCCGCAAGCCUCAAGAGCCUCAAGAGCCUCAGGUCACAGAGCCAGAGGCCUUCGUCCGAGCAGAGCCUUCGGAAACGGAUGUCGAUCAUGCGGACCUGUAUGUAGCAGAUGCCAAUGAUGCCGACACUUCCAUGAAUUCCGAGCGUACCUGGAAGUCCUUCGACUCUUGGACGAAAUAUCCGAAGAGCGGCCCUUCCAAUCGCUGGAGGCAUGAAGAGCGGGCUCAACGGAUGGAGAAUUUCAUGAAGCUGAUGCAAGCACAUCAUUCAGGAUUCAAACGGCUCAUUCAUCGUCGACGAUUGGAGCCGCAUGAGAGCUUCGACUGGUUUGGAGUCUUUUCCUUCAGGUGCCAUGCAUGCAACACUGCAACAGGCAGUUCUUGAUUGGAUGAUGAGUCCCUUCCCAUUCACCAAGCCUGAGUUCGAAGCGCAGUGCUCACAGAUGCAGCCACUGGCCUAUGUGUCUUUGACAAGUAGUACUGAGGCUUGAUAGAGCUGAUAAUUUUUACUGGAGCAGAUGGUUCUUUCCACAAUGCAAGUUUUGCAGUUUUAGUACUCACCUUUGAGAGGCUGUCCUAAUUAAUAUCCUAAACACCCCUGGUGUUUGCGAUUAUCUUUUCGUGCGCAGGGGAUCCAUACCUUCGCUCCAGCAGAGAAA